GUGAAAAUGCUACUCUCUUUCCCAUUCACUUAGCUAUUUACCCAUUCAGGGUCAAGAUAUCCAAGAUUUCUAUGCAAUAUGAAGUGACUCUCCAUGAAGAGAGUACAGUGGCAUACAGUACACAGGGUGUUAUGAAUGCUCUGAAGGUCAAUAACUGAUGGGUAAGCCUAUAUGUGAUCAAUCAGUAUGAAAGAGAAAGAACUUUCCAGACAGAGCAGGAAAAUUAGUGUGGAAUGCCUGACAAAGGAUACACCCUGUUUCUCUUCCGGUCCCAGGCACUGCGGGAGCUGCAGCUUACUGUGCAGAUAUGGCCAAGUCCAAGAACCACACCACACACAACCAGUCCUGCAAAUGGCACAGAAAUGGCAUCAAGAAACCCCGGUCACAAAGAUACAAAUCUCUUAAGGGGGUCGACCCCAAGUUUCUGAGGAACAUGCGCUUUGCCAAGAAGCACAACAAGAAAGGCCUGAAGAAGAUGCAGGCCAACAAUGCCAAGGCAGUGAGUGCACGAGCAGAGGCCAUCAAGGCCCUCUUGAAGCCUCAUGAUGUUAAGCCCAAGAUGCCAAAGGGCUCCAGCUGCAAACUCAGCCGUCUGGCUUUCAUUGCUCACCCCAAGCUUGGGAAGAGGAUUCAAAGCUACAUGGCCAAGAGUUGUAGGCUCUGCCAACCAAAGCCCAAGGUUCAAACCAAGGCAGAGGCCAAAGCUCCAGCUAAGGCUCCCAAGGGUUCCCAGGCCCCUGUGAAGGCCCCAUAGAAAAGACUCCUGCCAGUGUGAAGACAGAUGGACUGCUGUGACACACCUACCUACA